CCGUCGCGCUGGGUGCUGGCGGAGGAGCGCGACCCGGAACUGACCGCCGCGGGAAAGAAGCGACACCCGCCCGGGAUUCGCGGCCCGGAGCUGGGGACCGACUUUGUGCCCGAUACUGCAGAUACGAAAAGAUCGGUGAGACAUGACCCUUGGGUUCACAUCCUGGUUGGAAGAAAGGAGGAGACGUCCCCACCAGUGAACAGGGACCCCUCUGAGCUCAGGACACCAUGGCUGCGUUGGCACCACUGCGGAGCCUGGAAGAGGAGGUGACCUGCUCCAUCUGCCUCGAUUACCUGCGGGACCCGGUGACCAUUGACUGUGGCCACGUCUUCUGCCGCAGCUGUACCACCGACAUCCGCCCCGCAUCAGGGGGCCGCCCUGUCUGCCCCCUGUGUAAGAAGCCUUUUAAGAAGGAGAAUAUCAGGCCAGUGUGGCAGCUGGCCAGCCUGGUGGAGAACAUCGAGCGGCUGAAGGUGGACAAGGGCCGGCAGCCGGGGGACGCGGCCCGGGAGCAGCAGGACACGAGGCUGUGCGAGCGGCACCAGGAGAAGCUGCACUACUACUGCGAGGACGAUGGCAAGCUGCUGUGUGUCAUGUGCCGGGAGUCCCGGGAGCACAGGCCCCACUCGGCUGUCCUCGUGGAGAAGGCGGCCCAGCCCCACAGGGAAAAAAUCCUGAACCACCUGAGUACCCUAAGGAGAGACAGAGACAAAAUUCAGGGCUUUCAGGCCAAGGGAGAAGCUGAUAUCCUGGCUGUGCUGAAGAAGCUCCAGGACCAGAGGCAGUGCAUCGUGGCUGAGUUUGAGCAGGGCCACCAGUUCCUGAGGGAGCGGGAACAGCGCCUGCUGGACCAGCUGGCGAAGCUGGAGCAGGAGCUCACAGAGGGCAGGGAGAAGUACAAGACCAGGGGCGUCGGGGAGCUUGCCCGGCUGGCGCUGGUCAUCUCCGAGCUGGAGGGCAAGGCACAGCAGCCGGCUGCAGAGCUUAUGCAGGACACCAGAGACUUCUUAAACAGGUAUCCACGGAAGAAGUUCUGGAUUGGGAAACCCAUUGCUCGUGUGGUUAAAAAAAGGACAGGAGAAUUCUCAGAUAGACUUCUGUCUCUGCAGCGGAGCCUGAGAGAAUUCCAAGGGAAGCUGCUGAGAGACUUAGAAUAUAAGACAGUGAGUGUCACCCUAGACCCACAGUCGGCCAGCGGGUACCUGCAGCUGUCGGAGGACUGGAAGUGUGUGACCUACAGCGGCCUGUACCAGAGCGCGUACCUGCACCCCCAGCAGUUUGACUGUGAGCCGGGGGUGCUGGGCAGUAAGGGCUUCACCUGGGGCAAGGUCUACUGGGAGGUGGAGGUGGAGAGGGAGGGCUGGUCCGAGGAUGAAGAGGAGGGGGACGAGGAGGAAGAGGGGGAAGAGGAGGAGGAGGAAGAGGAGGCCGGCUAUGGGGACGGAUAUGAUGAUUGGGAAACGGAUGAGGACGAGGAAUCGUUGGGGGAUGAAGAGGAAGAAGAGGCGGAGGAGGAGGAGGAGGAAGUUCUGGAAAGCUGCAUGGUGGGGGUGGCCAGAGACUCGGUGAAGAGGAAGGGCGACCUCUCCCUGCGGCCGGAGGACGGCGUGUGGGCGCUGCGCCUCUCCUCCGCGGGCAUCUGGGCCAACACCAGCCCCGAGGCCGAACUCUUCCCGGCACUGCGGCCCCGGAGAGUGGGCAUCGCCCUGGAUUACGAAGGGGGCACCGUGACUUUCACCAACGCAGAGUCGCAAGAACUCAUCUACACCUUCACUGCCACCUUCACCCGGCGCCUGCUCCCCUUCCUGUGGCUCAAGUGGCCGGGAACACGCCUCCUGCUGAGGCCCUGAGCCCCGACUCUCGCUCCCGGCCCCACACCCACCGAUGCUUCACUGCUCUGGAGUUCCUGGGCUCUGACGGGAGAGGAGGUACCUGGCUGGAGCACCUGGAGCAGGCAAGGGGAGGGACCCGUGUCCGCUGCCGCUCCCUCCUUGUGGCUGUGGCCCCCUUGGGACCUCGCUCAGUGCUGUUCCAUCCGUCCUGCCCUCGGGCUCCUCUCCCGCCUCCUGGGGUUCCCGUGCUGACUUCUGACCCUGAAGUCCACAGGGCUUCUCCCUCCCUCCUGCCCACUGCCUUUGACCCAGCUCUGCCCUCUCCUUGUUGAGUAAGAGGCGAGGCAGCACUUUCUUGCCCUGUGUGGCAUCCCAUGCCAGCUGUUCUUGGGAGAGACCAGCUGACUAUUACACCCAAGGCCAUUUUACUGCCCUCCAAUCCCAUGGCUUCUCCUUUGCCCAAAUCCACUCUGCUGCCUACCUCCCCUGGCACUUUAAACAUGCCUACUGCCACCCCAUCGCGGAGUUAAACAUACAUGAAAAUGUUGGAAAUGAACUGAAUGAAAAUCCACUGAGGCUUCCCAGGCCGUUUAAGUCGCCUGGAGUGCGAGUGGAAAGCAUCUCCUCAUAAGGUCCAGAGCGGAGUCCAUUCUUCUCUGAGACCAGGGCUGAGCAUGUGAGGUUUCCAUUACCCGGAGGUGGGACUCCCUGAAGCCAUCUGUGGUCUGAGGGGAAGGAUCUAGAUAUAUGUGGCUUUGGGGUAACAGUUGUGAUUGGUGAUCAAUGAAUUAUCUCUGGGUUGGUCCUCUUGAGGAGAGUUUUUAAAAGAAUCCAAAAUACCCUCCUCUUGGUCAGUUCAUAUGAAAGCACCAGGGCAAAUAUCCAGUCAAGCAAAAACUCCCCUGCCUUGGAAGCCUUGAUCAGUUUUUGCAGCAGGGUAUGUAUUAAACUUCUGUCACUGGCUCUACUCAACAUCCAGCUUCCAUUUGUGCCAGGAGAGGAGAGGAGGGCAGCAGGCGUCCCCAGCAAGCCACCAGGUCUUCAUAUCAAGAGAGGGAUCAAAGCGUAUCCUCACUGCCCACGGGCCCAAACCAAGUCCCAGCCUCUGUCCAGGCUCCGCUAGUGCCCACAGUUUAGCACAAGCUCCUGCUCCAGCUAGAUUACCUUGCAGCCUUUGUCCUUGCCCAUUCCAGGCACUCUGCCAGUCCCCGGCUUAGCCAGUUUUAACUCCUCCCCUGCUCUAAGAGACUCUUCCCAGCCGCUGUGGAUCUCGGGCAUCUCUUAGCCACUACAUUAUCUGUAGUUGUACUCUUUGUAUAUAUCACAUGCUGCCUGAGUCACAUGUACAUCUGAUUUCUGCCUCUAGUUUUGUAAGCUCCUUGAGGGUGGACACUGUAUCUUAUACUUCUCUUGUAUUCUCCAUGGCACCUAGUGCAGUGCUGGGCACAGAGUAGGUGCUCAAUAAAAACUUGGUGGAUGAACAGCCCGGAUUCGUAUAUAUUUUAUUGUAACUCAGAUAUUACCGACCUUCACAGUCUAUGGCUACAGAGAGGUUCCGUCGAUAGCAGUAGCCCAGGGUUUUUCUACUGUGCCCCUUCUGGGUCCUUUAGAACUCUGCAACUUUGCUUGCACACAUGCUGUCAUUUGUGGAAGUCCCCAAAUAAGAGCUCCCCAUGGGACACAGAUCAGCUAACGCCAAGGUUCCAGCUUGCUCUUCCCCUCCUGCAGUCGUGGCCCUGCGCUGAGAUCCAGCACCUGUGGAGCAUGGGGCUCCUGCGAGAAGGGUAAUGUCCAGCACGGCACACCCACAGUCCUUCCCUGGAAAAUAAGCAGUGCCCCAAAGGAAAUAUAACCUACAGAGAUUCAAUUCUGUCUCCUAACAUUCAACUAUCUCACUAUUUUUUGUCUGUUCUUUUUGGUUUUUUAAAAAGUGCCAUCUGAAAGGUAGAAGAGGGAGGAUUACAGAAAGUACCUCUAAUAUUAUACUACUGGCAAAGAGCAUAUUUCCUCCCUGUGCUCUCAUUUGUGGACUCAUUAAUGUUUUCCCUCUUAAAUUUAUUUUUUCUUUCUAAAUACAAAUAUAUGAAAUGUGUCGAUUAUUAGAAAUAAGACAUGCAUAAUUAUAAUGAAGUCUGAAUUCACGUUUGAAUCUUGAGAGACAAUAUUUAUUAGCAUAAUCUGUUUUAAAUUUUUUAUUUUAUGUUGGAGUAUAGUUGAUUCACAGUGUUGUGUUAGUCUCAGGUGUACAGCAAAGCGAUUCAGUUAUACAUAUACAUAUAUCUAUUCUUUUUCAGAUUCCUUUCCUGUAUAGGUUAUUACAGAAUAUUGAGUAAGGUUUCCUGUGUUGUACAGUACGUCUUUGUUGCUUAUCUAUUUUAUAUAUAGUAGUGUAUAUAUUAAUCCCAAACUCCUAAUUUAUCCCUCCCCGCCCCUUUCCCCUUCGAUAACCAUAAGGUUGUUUUUGAAGUCUGUGAGUCUCUUUCUGUUUUGUAAAUAAGUUCAUUUGUAUCAUCUUAUUCCACACAUAAGUGAUAUCAUAUGAUGUUUGUCUUUCUGCAUCUGAUGACUAGCAUAUUCUUGAAAAUUUAAAUUUAUUUUGUUGGUUGAUGUGAACUGUCCCCUAAAAUUAUACACUACUAACCCUUUAUUUGUGAAAGAAUUUCAUAUUCUCAAAAUGCCUUUUACCCUUUCUUGGAAAGAGUUUUUAUACAACAGUGAGGAAUUUUUGAAACUUUUAGGUGAUUAUUGUAUAAUUAAAAUAGUUAUUAAAAUGGGAACAUUUCCAUUUGAACAAAGUAUUAAUGCAUUCAGGUCAUUGUUGCUUUAAUGAGUUUUAUGAGUGUCAUACUCCUAAAAUAAACUGUAGAAGAUAAAAAGUGUCAGCGUAGAAGACCCUUGCAAAAUAAUAAAAAUGUGUAAUAAUAAAAAUGUAUGAUGCCAUCCUAGUACAGAAAGUUGCCAGUAAGAUUUAUUCAACAGAUUUAAAAAAUUUUUUAUAU